CACAGCAACCAAUACUAUCUUAUACAAACCGGUUUACAUUAUCAUUUUAAUGAAAAACUAUUUUGUUUUUGAUGAAAAAUAAUGGAAAUGGUGAUAAAUAAUGAUGAUUAUUAUUCAUCAGUGUCUGAAAGUGAAAUAAUGUAUAGGAAAAUCCAUGAACCAGGACUCAUAGUGGCAAGUUGCUUCGCUCUUGUGGCGUUCUCUCUUUCUAUCUUUCUUAUAUUUCAACAUCUCAGAUCAUAUACUAAUCCCCCAGAACAAAAGUGGAUUGUUGCUGUUCUUUUCAUAGUACCAGCUUAUGCCACUGAAUCAGUCAUAUCUUUGUGGAAUCCAAAGUUUUCUUUGGCCUGUGACAUUUUAAGAAACUGUUAUGAAGCAUUUGCCUUGUAUUCUUUUGGAAGCUAUUUGAUUGCUUGUCUUGGAGGAGAAAGAAGUGUCAUAGAAGAACUUGAAAAUGAAUCAAGAAAACUGCUGAACAAACCAUUGAUAGAAGAGGCAAGUGAAAAUCAUAUUAAUGAGAGAAAUAGGUCGUUUUGGAACUUCUUCACUCGACCAUGUGUUCUUGGAAAGGAGUUGUUAACAAUCGAGAAAUUUGGCCUUGUACAAUAUAUGAUUCUGAAAACCGUUUGUGCCUUCUUAGCAUUAUUGUUGGAGCUCCUAGGCGUUUAUGGUGAUGGAGAAUUUAAGUGGUAUUAUGGAUAUCCCUACCUAGCAGUGGUACUAAAUUUCAGCCAGAUGUGGGCUCUGUAUUGCCUUGUGCAAUUCUACAAUGUAACUCAUGAAAGACUUCAACCAAUAAAACCACUUGCAAAGUUCAUAAGUUUCAAGGCUAUUGUAUUUGCCACUUGGUGGCAAGGUGUAGCUAUUGCUCUACUGCGUGCUUUUGGAGCUAUACCUAAACAGGGAGAAUUACAGAGUGGAUUGCAGGAUUUCUUGAUUUGCAUAGAAAUGGCUAUUGCAGCUGUUGCUCAUAUGUAUGUCUUUUCGACGGAGCGGUACCACUAUGUACCGGCUAUCAAGCAUUGGAGUGUCACUGCUGAAUCAAGCAGAGAAGUUAAAUUAGAAGAUGGUGACAAUGACACCCCAGCUGCGCUUGAGAAGCAAGAAAUUAAGGUUGAAGCUCCUGGAACUAGUGUGACCGAGAGUGUUCAGGACAUAGUUCUUGAAGGUGGUCACCAUGUUGUGAGCGAUGUUGUAUUGACUAUAAAUCAAGCAAUGGGACCUGUGGAGAAGGGAGUAACGAAGAUCCAAGAGACCUUCCACCACAGAUCAGAUGACUCCGGAGAAGAAGAAGAGACAGAGUUAAAAAUUGAGGAACAUGUUGAAGAGGAUUAGACUCAAGAUUAUACAAGUGUUGAACCAGUGUCACGAAGCCUCAUUUUCAUUUACAUUACACAUCUCUAUUACAAGUGUAAAAACUAUUUGUAACAAUAAAAUAAUCUGUUCGGACUGAAUUUUCUAUUCGUUAUCGGCACAGCAUAAUGAACAACAUUCAAGGCAGCCAAAUAUUGCCAGUGCGGUACAUAUCUGGGCUAGUACGAUUGCGCAUUGGUCGUUCAUCCUGGAACAACAUUGGAUGCAGCACAUGCAGCAGCAGUGUCUAAAGAUGUUGCCGCAACAACUCGAAGCUGCCUUCACGAACAUUUCCGCAACUUCAGGAAGUUUUGCUUCUUCACAUCCUGGAGGAACGUUUUCAGCCGUUGCAGUCAAGUUUCCAAAGCCAAUACAUAGACUUGGCAUUGGUAUCACCUUCUGUUUUUCAGCAGCUGCC